AUGUCAUCCCUGUUCGACGUGCGUAAGCAGCUUGCUUUCUAUGGCGCUUACCAUUCCCAUCCCGUGAACGUCUUGAUCCACAUCUUCGGGGUGCCAGCGAUUCUCUGGAGCGCCUUCGUGCUGUCUACUCAGCUCCCACCACCUGCCUUCCUUCCUCCCAUCAAAUAUGUCUUCAACGAGUCCUUUGUCUUCGAAACGAAUGCCCCGGCUCUUAUGGCCGUAUUUUACAUCAUCUACUACGUCAUCCUCGACCCAGUCGCUGCAUUCCUUUACACGCCUCAUAUGGUCUUGACACUUCUGAGCGCAACAGCCUACGCACAUCGUCCUGAUGGCAUUCGGAACGCCAUUAUCGUUCACGUAACCUCAUGGGUCGCUCAGUUCAUUGGACACGGAUUUAUGGAGGGUCGGGCUCCCGCGCUGUUCGAUAACAUCCUCGGCGCAAUCGUUCUCGCCCCUUUCUUCGUGCACCUCGAGCUCUUGUUCGCAGUAGGCUACCGCCCCGAGCUCCGUAAGCAGCUGAAGAAUGAUAUUGGCAUCGAGAUUGCCCGGAUCCGACGUGAGAAAGCGGAGAAACGCAGGUCUGAAAAGAAGACCUCUUGAAGGUCAGAUCGGAACAAUCAGUUGGUUCAAGUUUGCUAUCAGUCGCGCCCUUUGCAUCACGGAAAGUACACCCUUGGCCCUCGUUUGAUAUCGGUUUCGCUGUAAUGUAGUUUCCAUGUAUGGUUGUUGCUGUAGAGAUAGAUAAUCUCCAGAAAUGCCUGCUGUGCGGCACAUCGCUAACCAAGGAGGGUGGACCCUGUUAUCAGUU